CUGCCUCUGCCUGCUCCCUCUCUCUCUCUGCUCUGCCGAGACAAAUCAACUCCUCUGACCUGUCGCUCCCUCCCUCCCGCCUCCCACCAACCAAUCGCCGGCGACCUCGGCCCCUCGCCAUUGCCGCGCUCCGUCGAGGCGGGCGCUUCCCCCGCUACUCUCCCCGCCAAUGCUCCCGACGCCCGCCGCGUUUCCCUUCUGAUUUCUCCGCUCGCUUCAGGGUGGCGUAGGGUUCCUCCUGCCUCUGCGGCGGCGGGCGCACGACGUACGUCUUGGCUCCGGCGGCUGUUCCAGUCCAGUCUGAGGUGCCGAGGACAUCAAGAAUGAUGCUUCUGUAUAUGCUUAGAUGACAUCAAUCAGCCGGACAGCUCGGAUUCCUCCAGUUCACAUCUGAUGGAAUUUGUGCUUUGAUUGAGCCAGAGGGCCCCGAGGACAUCAAGGAUGAUGCUUAGAUGACAUGUGCUCCAUUUCUUGUCCGUGGCUGGUCUGAUAGGAUAGGAAGCCAUGAAGAUCAGUGCGCUCAUGACCUCUGCUGGCAUCAAUAUUGGGAUCUGCGUGCUCUUGUGGUCGCUCUAUUCCGUUCUCAGAAAGCAGCCAGCAUUUGUAAGGGUCUACUUCGGCCGGAGGAUCGCCGAGGAGAAUAGACUGCUCCGAGAGGCCUUCAUCUUGGAGAGGUUUGUUCCAUCCACUGGCUGGAUCGUCAAGGCCCUGCAGUGUACCGAGGAAGAGCUAUUGGCAGCUGCUGGGCUGGAUGCUGUUGCUUUCAAUAGAAUGCUAGUAUUCAGCAUACGCAUCUUUUCCCUAGCUGCCAUCCUGUGUCUUUUUGGAAUUCUUCCAGUGCAUUAUUUUGGACGAAAGAUGCAUCGCCUUGAGAUUUCGUCAGAACAAUUGCAUAUGUUCACAGUUGGUAAUGUGGAAGUGCAAUCAAGAUGGCUUUGGGUUCAUUCUAUAGUCCUCUACAUUAUAUCUGGAGUAGCUUGCUUUCUCCUAUAUGUUGAGUAUGGGCACAUUGCUAGGCUGAGGCUCCUUCACCUUAAACGUGCAACACUAAAUCCAGGCCAAUUUACCGUGCUUGUUCGCGGAAUACCAAAGACAGCAAAUGAAUCAUGCAGUAGUGAUGUCGAUGAUUUCUUCACCAAGUAUCAUGCAUCAAGUUACUUAUUCCAUCAAGUUGUUUACAAGGCUGGGAAAGUUCAGAAGAUAAUGACUGGUGCAAAGAAGGCAUGUGGAAUGUCAGACCCUUCCACAGACACAACUCUAGAUCAGAGGUGCAAGGCUGUUACAUACCCGUGUUGUCUUUGUGGAGCCUCUUCGGAUUCUUUCCAGUUGUUACCGACUGACGAAGUUGCAAAGAACAUAGAUAAGAAGGAAUGUGCAGCUGCUUUUGUAUUUUUCAAAACUCGGUAUGGAGCACUUGUUGCUUCAGAAGCACUUCAGACUUCAAACCCUACAAAGUGGGUUACUGAUCUAGCUCCAGAACCAGAUGAUGUGUAUUGGUCAAACAUUUGGCUUCCUUAUAAGCAGCUUUGGAUUCGACGGAUAGCUACUGUUCUAGGUUCUCUUGUUUUUCUGGUCUUAUUUGUGGUACCAGUGGCAUUUAUACAAGGUCUAUCCCAGCUUGAUCAGUUGCAGAAGAAGCUCCCUUUCCUUGAUGGGUUACUGAAGAAGCCAUACAUGAGCCAAAUAAUAACUGGAUACCUUCCUAGCGUCAUACUGCUACUAUUCCUGUACACCGUUUCGCCAAUAAUGAUACUGUUUUCGACAAUGGAGGGGCCUACAUCUCACAGUGAAAGGAAGAAGAGUGCUUGCUCUAAAGUGCUGCACUUCUACAUUUGGAAUGUGUUCUUUGUUAGUUUAGCAUCUGGUGCUGUCAUAAACCAAUUGAACCCUUAUUCGAGUACGAAGGACAUCGCUGUCCGGCUAGCUCAUGUCAUACCUGAGCAGACUACGUUCUUCAUCACCUAUGUUCUGACUUCAGGAUGGGCCAGUUUAUCAUCUGAACUUAUGCAACUCUUUGGUCUGAUCUAUAACUUUAUAAUAAAGUAUGUCCUGAGAAUGAAAGAAGAUAUCGCGUUUGUUCCCACAUUUCCUUAUCACACAGAAAUACCAAAAGUUAUGUUGUUUGGACUAUUGGGCUUCUCGUGCUCUGUACUGGCACCCUUGAUCUUACCUUUUCUGCUAGUCUACUUCUUCCUGGGUUAUGUUGUAUACCGCAAUCAGCUGCUCAAUGUUUACCGCAUGAGAUAUGACAGUGGUGGUUUGUAUUGGCCAAUUGUACACAACACGGUGAUAUUCUCUCUAGUGCUCACCCAGGUCAUCUGCUUCGGUGUAUUUGGCCUAAAAGAAUCACCAGUAGCUGCAGGCUUCACUAUACCUCCUAUCUUCUUUAUUCUUUCGUUCCAUCAGUAUUGUAGAACCCGAUUCCUUCCCCUGUUCAAAACUUUUCCGUCACAGGAUUUAAUCGACUUGGACAGGGAAGACCAAAGGUCAGGGAGAAUGGAACAUAUUCACCACGGACUCCGUUCCGCAUACCGCCAGUUCCCUGACAAUGAAGAUAUAAAGCUGGAGCAAAUCCUGACCGUCGGGAAUGAUGAGGACCAAGACGAAGGCUGUAGCUCGGGCGAGCGCAACGGAGAAGAAACCUGCAAGGAACAAGAGCCCAGAAGGGAUCUGUGUCACUCAACUCUGAAAGGACUCCCUGUUAGCCGUCUGCGGGAUUCCGUGAGAUCCAUCGCUUUGCUCUGGACUGCAGAAAAGAGGUCCGGUGAUAGAGCAUUGAUUAACUAACCACUAACUAACCCGUUUAUCUGUCCGUCCGGUCGUGUAAAUGUACGUCAGUAUAGGUCAUACAUACAAGUAUAGUAUACAUCAUGCAUUAGUUAGAAAAUCCAAGUGAAGCAUCAUCAUGGUUAUUGGGGUGCAAUUUUUGUUUAGGGCAGCGUUCGAAGUUUGGACAAACAGGAACUAAGGCCACCCACAAUGCGUGGUAUCAUGGGCUAGUAUCAUAAUAACACAUGAUACUACUUUAGUUACUGCAUCCACAAUACAUAAUAUCAUACAUUAGUAUCACAUUAUCACUCGAUAUGUUCAGUUGUAAAAUCUUGAUACGAAAUUGUGGAUAUGAUCUAUUUCUUACGAACUCUUCUUGUUUGAUGCUCUGUGAAUGUGAUAUUGCAUCGUAAUAUUGAAGAAUAUUGGGUUUUAUGCCUGGCUGAGGGCAUGCAACUCUGUUUGAUGAA